CCCCCCCCCCCAACUUUCAGUUAAUUUAGUGUUUUGAUGUUGUAUUGGUCAUAAGUUUUAGAGUUUGCAGACCAACUGUUUGAUGAAAUGAGUUCCUGAUGAAAAUCUGAUUUACGGCUCAGUCGUUGACUCCUUAUUUGUCAGCUCUCGCCCACCGUACACCGGAUUGAAUAGCAUAAAGUAAUGCAGAGUAUAAACGGGAAAGUUCGUGUUUUCCAUAAAAGCCCAUUGGCUAGAUCACUCUGGGCUCGCAAUUCUUGCUCCAAAUUAUUCGUUGGAGGGCUUUCAUAUGAUACCAACGAGACUGUUUUGAAGAAUGCUUUUGAAAAACAUGGUGAAAUUAUUGAAGCAGUUCGAGUUAUUGCUCAUCACGUGAGUGGAAAAUCGAGAGGGUAUGGGUUUGUGCGUUUCACUUCUGAAGCUUCAGCCAUUGCUGCUCUUAAAGAUAUGCAUUCCCAGGAAUUGGAUGGUAGAAAUAUUCGAGUUGAAUUCGCACGCAAGGGAUGAUUGAUUGAUUGAUUGAUAUUUAUCAUUAGAGAGGCAGAAUGUAUUGU